GGAAAAUCGGCGAUAGGCGGCAAAAUCGGCCGCAGCCGCUCAGCCACCGUCCCAGCGGGCCCUGAGAUCGCGGCGACCCCGCCUCCCGGCCGUGCGCCGCCACAGGCGGGGCCGCGCACGCGUGUCACAGCGGGACUAUCUGCAUGCAGAGAUUCAAGAUAAAGCUGACAGGACAACUUCUUUAGCCACCUGGCUUCACUGUCAGAAAAAAAAGGGAUUUGGAAAUCUCAUUACUGCUCCCUUCCUUCAGGCCCAGAGAUCCCUCUUCUGUCGCACUUACCCUGAAGAUCAGCCCUGACCAUGCUGAGAUUUGGGCAGCACCUCAUCAAGCCCUCGGUGGUGUUCCUGAGGACAGAGCUGUGCUUUGCUCUGGUGAACCGCAGGCCGGUGGUGCCAGGACAUGUCCUUGUUUGUCCCCUGCGGCCGGUGGAGCGUUUCCGUGACCUGUGUCCCGAGGAAGUGGCUGAUCUGUUCCGUACGGCACAAAGGGUCGGCAACGUGGUGGAGAAACACUUCUGUGGCACUUCACUCACCUUUUCCAUCCAGGAUGGCCCUGAAGCUGGACAAACAGUGAAGCAUGUUCAUGUCCAUGUGCUGCCAAGGAGGGCUGGAGACUUCAGCAGGAAUGAUGAUGUCUACGAGGAGCUGCAGCGCCACGACAAAGAUGAUUCCCCUGACAAGUGGAGGACAGAAGAGGAAAUGGCAGCUGAAGCAGAAAUUCUGAAGAAGUAUUUCCAGGAAAACUAGAGGUAACAAAGUGUUUGGAACACAUCCCACGACACCAGAAAGUCCCCAGAAAGAAAAACCUCAUUCUCCAGUCCUCAGUGGCCCUGGAUCUGCAGCUUGACAAUUUUAUUAUGUUCUACAAAUAUGGGAUUCUUCCAUGAAAAAUUUUAUUGGACCUUUGGAUAUCAUCAAGGUUGAAUUCCAGCUAAGACAACUAAACAGCACUGGUUCAAAAUAUUGCUCUGAAUUGUAACUCAUAUUUUUCUGAAUUGUGUACUUGGGAAUGAAUCUUUUUAAAUUGUCCCUUGGCCUAAAUAGAAAUAAAGUGCCAGGAAAAUCAGGUAGCUACUGUGUUUAGGUACAUUAUAAAGUGUUUACUCCAUGUUGUGCUCUUUGAUUCAGUUACUGUAUGUAGGCUAUUUUAUCAUAGAAAAACUAGAUCUUUUAGCAGUGUGGCAAUUCAUACAAACCCAGACUUUGUUACAGACUGGCCAAGAUAAACUUGGAAA